AUGAUUGGUCAGUAUCAAGAUGUUUAUCAAUUAUCCAUUUUUGUAAAAUACGAAAAAAAUAUGAUUGGUCAGUAUCGCGCUAUUUCUAUUUUUGUAAAAAUACGAAAAAAAUAUGAUUGGCCA